CCGGGCAGGAAGCAGCGGCGAAGCAGCGGGACCGCGGGCACCUGCCAGAGUCCUGUGGAAGGCCUGCAGCGGGAGGAUGGAGAGCAAGCCAGCAGUGAAUGGCCACGCUGUCCCCAGCUUUCCCGGGGAAGACACGCCAGGGAAAAGCCGCUUGUGCCAGGAGGCGAUGCCGCACAAACAGCCGAGAGCAGCCGGCGGGGACACGGCGGGGCCAGAUGCUCCCGGGGAGCCCUCGGAGGCAGCUGGCAGCAUCGCUGGCGUGUAUGUAGAGGCUUCAAAGAAGAUAAUGAGCUUUUAUGAGGCCACCAGAGAGCACCUCCUGGGCCUGGAUCCGGCCCUCAGCCUCCUGGAGGCCCAGGCAGCCACGGGCUCCGUCGCCGACCCGGUGACGCGCCGGCGCGUCUCGGUGGCAGAUGCCGUGCGCCUGGGGCUGGUGGGGCUGGAGCUGAAGGAGAGGCUGCUGGCAGCAGAGAGAGCGGCCACUGGCUUCCUGGACCCCUACACAGAAGAGAAAAUCCCCCUGUACCAGGCGAUGCAGAAGGAGCUGGUGGGGAGGGAGCAGGGCACGCGGCUGCUCCAGGCACAGAUGGCAACCGGGGGCGUCAUCGACCCGGCCACCGGCGCUCGCCUGCCCGCGGAUGUGGCCUGUGAGAGGGGAUAUCUGGACGAAGAGAUGAGCCGGCACCUCUCUGACCCCAGCCACGAGGACAGCAGAGGGUUCCUCGAUCCCAGCACUACAGAGAAGGUCACCUACUCGGAGCUUAGGAAGAGGUGUGUCGUGGAUCCGGCCUCGGGUUUCCUCCUCCUGCCCCUGCAAAUCACAUUCCCGGGGCUGGGAGGGAGGGUGAGCAGCAGGGACCUGCGGGACUCCGGCAUCAUCAGCCACGACGUGUUCCGAGGCCUCGAGGAGGGAACAGUCUCUGCUCAGGAGCUGGCAGAGAACGACGUCGUCCAGCAGUUCCUGCGUGGGACAAGGAGUGUGGCCGGGGUUGUCCUGCCUUCUGGGGAGCAGAGGAGCCUUUACCAGGCACUGAGAGAGCAUCUCCUUGUGCCCGGUGCUGCUCUGAUGCUCCUGCAAGUCCAGGCCUCCACCGGCAGCCUGACAGACCCCCUGAAGAACAAAACCUACUCAGUGGAUGAGGCUGUCAGGGUCGGUUUUAUCGGCCCAGAGCUUCAUGAGAAACUGUCUUCAGCUGAGAAAACCAUCACUGGAUACAGAGACCCCUCCACUGGGGAGAUGCUCUCCCUGUUCGAAGCCGUCAGGAAGGGAUUUGUCCCCAGGGACCACGGCCUCUGCCUUCUGGAGGCUCAGAUGGCCACGGGGGGUGUGAUUGCCCCAGGCAGGCACCUCCGUGUCCCCACGGAGACAGCCUGCGAGUGGGGGUACCUGGAUGAGCCCACCAGACAGCUCCUCUCCAGCCCUCCCGACCACAUGAAAGGGUUCUUUGACCCCAGCUCCAAGGAAAAGCUGAGUUAUUCGGAGCUGCUCCAGCGCUGCGUCACCGACCCCGGCACGGGGCUCCUGCUGCUGCCACUUGGUGGGGACGGCGGUGAAGGAUCCCAGGGAACCCCCCUUUUCUUUGACCACAGGGCCCAAAUGGCUCUGGAAAACACGCGGGUGCCCAUUUCUGUAGGGAAGUUCAAGGGCAAGUCGGUGUCCCUCUGGAAACUCCUCUUCUCUGACCACGUCCCGGGCGAGCGAAGAGCUGCUCUCGCCCAGCGGUUCCUGUCGGGAGCUCUCUCCACGCAAGGGCUGGGCGAGGCCGUCAGAGCUGCCGUCGAGGAAACGGCUGCCACUGCCAACGUCACCUUCGAGGGCCUGAGGGACCAGGUGACGGCCGACCAGCUCCUGAGCUCAGAAAUUAUCAACAAAGACCUGUUUAAGAAACUCAAGGAGGGUGAAACGUCAGCCAAAGAAGUCGUGGGCAUGGACACAGUCAGGAAGUACCUGCAGGGCACGGGGAGCAUCGCUGGGCUGCUGCUCCCCGACUCCCAGGAGAAGAUCAGCAUCUACCAGGCAAAGAGGAAAGGACUUCUGAGGCCAGGGACGUCUCUGAUCCUCCUGGAGGCACAGGCUGCCACGGGGUUUGUCAUCGACCCCACGGCCAACAAAAGGUAUUCCGUGGACGAGGCCUUGCGAGCGAACGUCAUCGGCCCGGACGUUUACGACAAGCUGCUGGCUGCGGAGAAAUCAGUCACCGGCUACAGAGACCCCUACUCAGGGAGCAAGAUCUCCCUCUUCCAGGCCAUGCAGAAGGAGCUGAUCGUCAGGGACCACGGCAUCCGCCUGCUCGAGGCCCAGGUCGCCACCGGCGGCAUCAUCGACCCCGUGCACAGCCACCGCAUCCCCGUGGAGGUGGCCUACAAACGCGGCUACUUCGACAAGAAGAUGAAUUUAAUCCUCUCCGACCCCAGCGACGACACCAAGGGCUUCUUCGACCCCAACACCCAUGAGAACCUGACCUACCUGCAGCUGAAGGAGAAGUGCAUCACCGAGCCCUCCACCGGGCUCUGCCUCCUCCCUCUGAACAGCAGGAAGCGCCAGUUCAUCGACGAGGCCACCAGGCAGGUGUUCAGGAGCUCCUGGCUGCCCGUCAGGUUCGGGCGCCUACGGGGGGAGAGGGUCUCUGUGUGGGACCUGCUGAACUCCGAGUACUUCAGCGAGGGGAGGCGCCGGGAGAUUUUCAACCACUUCCAGCUGAGGAAGCUCAGCCUGGAGCAAAUCCGACUCCUGCUGGAGGAGGAAAUGAAGAAGUGGGCCCCCAUCAAGUUCCCGGCCAUGCGAGGCAGCGUCAGCGCUUACCACCUGAUGGAAACGGGCGUCAUCGACAGGGCCCUGCUCGAGAAGGUGCUUGAGGGAUCCGUCACGCCGGAGCAGGUCCUGCACAUGGACUCUGUCAGGAAGUACCUCUAUGGCUCGGGCAGCAUCGGGGGGAUCGUGCUCCAGCCAUCGAACCAGAGGAUGAGCAUUUACGAGGCCAUGAAGCAGAACAUUGUGGUGCCAGGAGUAGCCCUGCCCCUGCUGGAGGCCCAGGCUGCCACGGGCUUCAUCAUCGACCCCGUGAACAACCAGAAGCUCCGUGUGGACGAGGCUGUCAGGGAGGGAGUCAUCGGCCCGGACGUCCACGAGAAGCUGCAGCACGCGGAGGGGGCCGUGACGGGCUACAAAGACCCUUUCACGGGCAAGAAGAUCCCCCUUUUCCAGGCAAUGAAGAAGGGCCUGAUCACGGACAAACAGGCCAUGCAGCUCAUGGAGGUGCAGAUGGCCACAGGAGGCAUCAUUGACCCAGCGUGUGGCCACCACAUCCCCCUGGAGUCGGCCCAGCAGCGAGGGUGCCUGGAUGAGGACACGAGCAAGGCCCUUUCCAAGCCCAGUGACGAGCACAGAGCCUUCUGCCUCCCGGACAGCAAAGAGUCCGUGACCUACGCUGAGCUAAUCCAGCACUGCCAGAAGGACGACGUCUCCGGCUUCCACCUGCUGCCUCUGCCCCAGGCAGCUGCUCCUGCCUACACUGAUGAGCAAAUCCAACGGAUUUUCAAGGAAACCACGGUGAAGGAGAAAGGGGUUUCCCUCUGGGAGCUCAUCCACUCGGGGUAUUUCACUGAGGAGCAGAGGAGCGACUUCGUGGAGAGGUUCCGCUCCGAGGAGCUGUCGCUGCAGCAGCUGGUGGCUCUUGUGCUCAGGCUCGUGGGGGACAUGGAGAUGAAGGCCCGGACCCAGAUCUCCCUGGAGGGCCUGCGGGGCAGUGUCCCCGUGGUCUGGCUGCUGGACACUGGCAUCAUUUCUGAGAAGACGUUUGAAGAACUGGCUCAGGGCAUAAGAAGUCCCGAGGAAGUGGCUGCGAUGGAGAGCGUGAAGAGGUACUUGCAGGGCACGGGCAGCAUCGCCGGCGUCUUCAUAGAGGCGUCCAAACAGAAGAUGAGCUUCUACGAUGCCAUGAAAAACAACCUCCUCCUCCCUGGGGCUGCUCUGAGGCUGCUCGAGGCUCAGGCAGCCACAGGAUACCUGACUGACCCUGCAACGAGCCGGAGGCUCAGCGUGAGGGACGCUGUGAGAGCGGCUGUCGUGGGCGAAGAGCUCACCGAGAAACUCCUCCUCGCCGAGCGGGCCGUGACGGGGUACACGGAUCCCUACACGGGGAGCUCCAUCUCCCUGUGCCAAGCGCUCAGGAAGGAGCUGAUCCCCCUGGCAGAGGCUGUUCCCUUGCUGGAGGCCCAGCUGGCCACGGGAGGGGUCGUCGAUCCCAUCCACCACCUCCACCUGCCGCUCCAGGCCGCGUGCAGGCACGGCUUCUACGACGAGGGCAUGAACCAAACCCUGUCUCAGCUGAACGACAGCACCAAGGUCUUCUUUGAUCCCAACACCAAGGAGAACGUGACCUACCAGCAGCUGAAGGAGCGGUGCAUCCGCGAGCCCGAGUCGGGGCUGUGGCUCCUCCCGCUGUCGGAAAACUCCAUGUUCUGCGUGGAUGAGCAGACCAUGGAAGUGCUGAAAUCUGUGACUGUCUGCGUCAACGUGGGGCGGUUCAAGGGACAGACAGUGUCUGUCUGGGACCUCCUCAACUCCGAAUACUUCUCAGACAGCAAGAGGAGGGAGCUGGUGCAGAAGUACAAAGAUGAGAAGGCUGAAGUGCUGCAGGAGAUCACAACGAUUAUCACCACGAUCGUCCAAGAGACGGAGGCACAAGGCAAGAAGUUUGCAUUCCAGGGCCUGCGGAAAAGAGUAUCUGCCAGUGACCUCUUCCAGUCCCAACUCAUAGACAAAAAGACCCUCGAUGAGCUCAACCAGGGGAAGAAAACGGUCAAAGAAGUCACUGAGAUGGAGUCUGUCCGCAGGUACCUGGAGGGCAGCAAUUUCAUAGCAGGGGUCCUCAUACAGCCAAGCAACGAGAAGAUGAGCAUCUACCAGGCCAUGUGGAAAGGCAUCCUGAGGCCAGGGACUGCCCUGGUGCUGCUGGAGGCGCAGGCAGCCACCGGCUACAUCAUUGACCCUGAGAAAAACCAGAAGUUUUCCGUGGAGGAAGCGUUAAAGGAGGGUCUGAUCGGAGGGGAGAUUUUUGAAAAGCUGCUCUGCGCAGAGAGAGCCGUGACGGGCUACACCGACCCCUACACCAAAGCCCCGAUGUCCCUGUUCGAAGCCAUGAACCAGGGGCUGAUUGUGAAGAGCCACGGCAUCCGCCUGCUCGAGGCCCAGAUCGCCACCGGCGGCAUCAUCGACCCCGUGCACAGCCACCGCCUGCCCGUGGAGGUGGCCUACAAACGGGGCUACUUCAACCAGGAGAUGAACCAGAUCCUGUCCGACCCCACUGACGACACCAAGGGCUUCUUCGACCCCAACACCCACGAGAACCUGACCUACAUGCAGCUGCUGGAGAGGUGCGUCCAAGACCCCGAGACUGGGCUGUACAUGCUGCAGGUUGUAAAGGAAGGAGGGAAGUACUUCUACAUCGACGAGUCCACAAAACAGGCUUUGCGCUCGAAGCCCCUCCAGGUGAAGGUUGGAAAGUUUAAGGGCCAAACGGUUUCCAUCUGGGAAGUGCUCUGCUCUCACUACAUCUCGGAGCAGAAAAGGAAAGAGCUGGUGAUGCAGUACAAAAGCAAAACCCUGACACUGGAAAAUCUGAUAUCCCUCAUCUUAAAAAUCAUCGAGGACACGGAGCAAAGAGCAGAAGCCCUCAAGGUCAAAGGACUGCGGGGGGAGGUGUCGGUGUCAGAACUGUUCAACUCCGAGAUAAUCGACAAGAAAACCCUGGACCAGCUGCACGAUGGGAGUCUCACACUUGCUGCCCUCACAAAGAGGGACAGCAUCCAAAGGUACCUGGACGGCACCGGGAGCAUCGCCGGGGUUCUUCUCCCACCCAGGAAGGAGAAGAUGAGCAUCUACCAGGCGCUGAAGAAGGGCCUCCUCACAGAGCAGUGUGCGCUGGGGCUGCUGGAGGCGCAGGCGGCCACCGGCUUCCUCAUCAACCCCCUGAGCAACCAGAAGCUCUCAGUGGACGAGGCCGUGGCAUCUGGGCUGGUGGGCAGCGAACUGCACGAGCCGCUGCUGCUGGCAGAGAAAGCCGUGACGGGACACACGGAUCCUCAAACGGGAGAUAAAAUAUCCCUCUUCCAGGCCGUGAGGCAGAAGAGAACAGUCAGGGACCACGGCAUCCGCCUGCUCGAGGCCCAGCUCGCCACCGGCGGCAUCGUCGACCCCGCUCACGGCCACCGCCUGCCCCUGGACGUGGCCUAUCGGCGUGGGCACCUGGACGAGGACACGUUCCUCCUGCUCUCGGACCCGGACCACGGCAGCAAAGGCUUCAUAGACCCAAACACUCGCGAGAAGAUCAGCUACAGUCAGCUCCUGCAGAGGUGUGCCAAGGACAGGGAGAGCGGCUUGUUCCUGCUGCAGGUCCUGGAAAAGCAGGACGACUAUUUCUACGUCGACGAGCAAACGAAGAACACCCUGCUGUGUACAAUGGUCCAAGUGCCCGUGGGGAAGUACAAGGGACAAGUGUUAUCUCUGUGGGAACUCCUCUGCUCCGAGUACAUCACGGAGGAGAAAAGGAAAGAGCUGCUGAAAAAAUACAAAGCAGAAUCUCAACACAUACUGCAGGGAAUCAUUGAGAUAAUACUAAAGAUCAUCAGGGAAAAAGAGGAGGACAGAAGUGAUGUCUGGUUCCAGGGAAUCCGACAACAAAUAACGGCGUCAGAACUGCUCAGUGCACAGAUAAUUACAGAGGAAACCAUAGAAAAACUCCACGAAGGAAAAGAGACGGCUCAGGAAAUAGCACAGAUGGACAGUGUGAGGAGAUACCUCGAGGGAACCGGAAGCAUCGCCGGCGUGCUGGUGCCCUCCAAGGCCGACCCCAGCAAGGUGGAGAAGAUGAGCAUCUACCAGGCCAUGUGGAAGGGCAUCCUGAGGCAGGGCACGGCCCUGGUGCUGCUGGAGGCACAGGCGGCCACGGGGUUCAUCAUUGACCCAGUCAACAACCAGAAGCUGUCGGUGGACGAGGCCGUGUCGGCCGGGCUGGUGGGCAGCGAACUACAAAAGAAACUUCUCAGUGCAGAG